AAAACGAAAGGAGAAGAAUUUCAUAAUAAUUGAAUUAUUCGUAAUAAUUUUUAUUAUUUUUUAAAGCACUGGAUUCCCCCACUCUUCUGCCAUUUUCAAUCUCCGAUCUUUAUCCCCCACACGUUUUUUCACUCCCAUAUUCCCCUACAACCACAUGUCUCUCCUCUCUCACAUGUAGAUUUUUUGUCAGAGCUACAUUCCCCUAAUCGUUUUGUCUUUCUGGGUUCUGGGCAGGCGGACCCUUUUGUGUCAGAAGAAAAUCUCCAUCACCAACGCUGGUUUGUCCUUGGAUCGAUCUCUAAAAAGGCAAUCCGACAGCCCCAUUAAUAUUGCUUGCAAGUUUAACAUAUCUGCAUCCAUACCCAAAAAUCCAAAAACCCUAAUCUUCGAAGAAACAUCUUCUUCCCUUGGCAACCAUGAAUCCAAAGCGCUUCUCUUCGAGUACCUGGCCUAGUACUACAGUAAAAUCUAGGUUCACCUGUGGUUUCCUUCGAGCCUUGUGGAGAAUCAACAGGCAAAGAAGAACUACUUCUGCAUCUUCAAGGGAGAUCCGUCGUCGAUAUCUCCGAGUUAAGGUUGCUGCCGAUGUAUCCAUGGCUUCUGCUGUGGGGUCACGGAGAGCUUGGAGUCGUGCUAUAUUGCUUCGAAAGAUUCGAAACCAAGGACAAAACGGCACUGUUCGGGUUAGAAGAAUGAGCAAUAUUCUCGGCAUGAUGAGGAAAAGAAAUAUACGUGGUAAUUACAAGUGUACGGAGGAGGUGGGAACUUGCCAAGCCGAGCAGCUACGAAAACUAGUGCCUGGUGGUGAAGAAAUGGAUAUGUGCAACUUGUUAGGGGAGACUGCUCAUUAUAUAGAGUGCCUCACCACCCAGAUGCUUCAGAAAUUCGUAUGCAAUGAACAAUAAUUAAUGCAGCAGGAUGAGGUUCGAAGCUAGCUAGCUGACGGAUUUUGUCACUAGCAAUACUACCUGGAUAUGAUAUAGCUAAUUAAAAUGGGAUGAUUCUCUCAAUAUAUAUAAAAAAUAUGCCUUUUUAUU